AUGUUGGCUGCUCGUGCUUUUGGUGUGCCAAUGAUUGUGAUUGUGGAUGUUGAUGAGAACCGUUUAUCCGUAGCCAAACAGCUAGGCGCAUAUGGGAUUGUCAAAGUGACAACAAGCUUAGAGGAUGUUGGUUCUGAGGUUGAACAAAUUCAGAAAGCUGUGGGGUCAAACAUCGAUGUGACAUUUGAUUGUGCGGGUUUCAACAAAACCAUGUCGACGGCAUUAGCAGCCACUCGUUGUGGCGGUAAAGUCUGCUUUGUCGGAAUGGGUCACGUUAUAAUGACUGUCCCUCUCACUCCCGCAGCUGCAAGGGAGGUAGAUGUCGUAGGUGUGUUCAGGUACAAGAACACAUGGCCUUUAUGUCUCGAGUUCCUUACAAAUGGUAAGAUUGAUGUGAAGCCACUCAUAACCCACAGAUUUGGUUUCUCUCAGAAGGAAGUGGAAGAUGCCUUUGAAACCAGUGCUCGUGGAAGUAAUGCUAUUAAAGUUAUGUUCAAUCUCUGA